CUGAUCUCCUUCAUCCCCUGCAAUCCUCAUCUGCGAGCGACCAGAGACCAGGAGACUCUUCCACCAGCGAGCAGUCGGCGGGGGAGAGCGCGUCCGAGCAGCCAGCAGUCGCAUCCUGGGAUUGUGGACAACCUCGACGAGCUGUCGAGGACGGACGUUUGCGAAGUUGUACUUUUGGUUUUCUGCUGCUAGCGCCCCCCAGCAACUGUUGCCAUGGCAGCUGAGAAAGCUGAACUGGAUGCACUGAAAAAGGAGUGCGACGGCCUCCGCGCCCAGAUUGAGACGGCCCGCAAGGCCGUGAACGACACCAACAUGUCGGCGGCAGCGAGCAGCGUGGCGUCGGUGGGUCGUGUUCAGCUGAAGCAGAGGAAGUCGCUCAAGGGUCACCUGGCCAAAAUCUACGCCAUGCACUGGUCAGCUGACUCCAGGCAAAUGGUGAGUGCAUCACAGGAUGGCAAACUCCUGGUGUGGGACACCUUCACAGGGAACAAGCUGGUUGCUGUGCCGCUGAAGUCUGCCUGGGUGAUGAGCGUGGCCUACGCCCCGUCCGGUAACUUGGUGGCCAGCGGGGGUCUGGACAACAUUUGCACCGUCUACAACAUCAAGGCAGCCAGCCCCAAGACCCUCAGGGAACUGGACGCCCACACAGGUUACCUGUCUUGCUGCCGUUUCCUCAGCGACACGGAGAUCAUCUCAGCCUCCGGCGACACCACCUGCUGCCUGUGGGAUCUGGAGACGGGAAAGCAGAAGAUCGUCUUCACCAAUCACAUCGGGGACUGCAUGUCUCUGGCUUUGUCCUCCGACAUGAACACCUUCAUCUCUGGGGCCUGCGACUCCCUGGCCAAGCUGUGGGACGUGCGGGAAGGCACCUGUAAGCAGACAUUCAUCGGACACACCAGCGACAUCAACGCCAUCGCGUUCUUUCCCAGCGGGAACGCCAUCAUCACAGGCUCGGACGACUGCAGCUGCAAGAUGUACGACCUGCGCUCCGACCAGGAAGUGAUCGGCUACCAGGACAGCAGCCUGAACGCCGGCGUCACGUCCCUGGCGCUGUCCAACUCGGGCCGCCUCAUCUUCGCCGGCUACGACGACUUCAACUGCCACAUUUGGGACUCUCUGAAGGGGGAGAAAGUGGGCGUGCUGUCCGGUCACGACAACCGCGUGAGCUGCACCGGCGUCCCCGAGGAUGGAAUGGGUGUCUGCACGGGAUCGUGGGACAGCUUCCUAAAACUGUGGAACUGACAGGUCCCGGCUGGGAAUCCCGUCGGGAGAGGGAGGAGGCGAGGAGGACAAGGAGGCCGGUGGUGUUUGAGGAGGAGAUUCCAUCAUGAGUGUCCUCCCUCUCUCGUCCUCACUGAGCUAUGCAAAACACAGAAGGUUCUUUCAUAGGCGGCAUCAGGACAUCCGUGCAGGCGUCUCUUGAAUGAAAUCAUUAUUAAAAGCAGUAGUGAGCAGAGAAUAAGCUCGUACUGGAGCCAUUAAACACACAUUUAGAUUGUUGACAAUAAAAAAGAAACUCCUGAUGGCGACUGAACAAACUAGCACAAAAUGUUCUUUUUGUUUUGUGGAGCAGCCCUGCAGCGCGGUGAUGUCAUAGAAGCACGAGACGUACAUUUGUGUCUGAUAGAGACAGACGGUAGCAGGGACACUUCUUGUACAGUGGACUGCACUUCAGUGUCUUCAAAACUAGACCCCCCCCUCUCUUACUGUGCAGAACCAAUGAUAAGCAGACGAAUGAAGGGUCAAAGUUCAUGCCAGGCCACCAUUUUGUAGGACUUUUACGCGUGUGCAAUUCCUCUGUAAAAACAAUCUUUCUAAUAAAUAUAGAAUUCUGCAUUAACACAA